GCUCGGCGGCGAUCGGUGCUGAAGUGGGGCGGAUGGCAGAAAAACAGCGGCGAUGGACAUUACACCGCAGGAUUUCCAUUUACGAUGUCGUUGAAUAAGCAUCGGGACGUCGCGUUUUCACACCCAUCACCCUAGGACGCUGACAGCCGGACGCAAAUGGGAUGCUGUACUUUCGCUGCUCUCGAGUCUAUAAAUGACCCUUUCACCGAGAUCUGAGGAAGCCUAGGAGGCGACGGCGAGUGAAAUCAGGACACGAGGAGAGGAAGUAGUUACAUUUCACCUCAGCUCCAGUGUCUUCAGGGAUGGUGAGACGAGUAACUUCUCUUCCCUGUGGUGAAAAGACCCUCCCCUCCAACGAGCCAGACAGCCGGUCCGUUAGCCAAUCAGACGCCCAGACCCUCACUGCUUCAACCAGCCUGCUAGCAUCCAGCAACCUAUUACCUCACGCCAUGACUGCUCUGUCUCACCUGUUUCCAGAAAAUCACUAAUUCAUGCCCCGCAGUGUGAGUGGAGUGGAGAUGAGAAAAAGGCAGGCGGCGCACAUCGAGGCCCCCCCCCCGGCCCCCGGACAGCCCCGACCCAACGCCUGCUGCCUCUGCUGGUGCGGCUGCUGCAAGUGUCUCUGGACCGAGGACAGGAUUGAGAGGAGUGAGCGACAGACCUGCACCACGAUGGAUAGUAUCGAGGCAGAAGAACAACAACCCACUCUAGACGAGGCGCUGUCGUGGGCUCGGAGCUUUGAGCUGAUGCUGCGCUCGCUGGGGGGCCGGGAGGUCUUCAGGGAGUUCCUGCGCUCGGAGUACAGCGAGGACAAUCUGCUGUUCUGGUUGGCCUGUGAAGAGCUGAGGAAGGAGACAGAUCCCUCAGUGGUGGAGGAGAAGUCCAGGAUCAUAUAUGAAGACUACGUGUCCAUAUUAUCACCCAAAGAGGUGAGUCUGGACUCGCGGGUCAGAGAAGGAAUCAAUCUGACCCUGGCGGAACCCAGCAACCUGAUGUACGAGGAGGCCCAGUUCCAGAUCUACACCCUGAUGCACCGCGACUCCUUCCCCCGUUUCCUCAACUCCUCCGUUUACAGAGACCUCCUGGCCAACAAGAGGCGCACCUGCCUGGAGACCUAGACCCCCCCGACCCUCCCUCAUCGCCAUCGUACGCCAACGAGACUACUACUUAAAUUUCAAAUACUACUAUGGUGCCAGAAGUCGGGUUUGGAAAAAUCUCUCCCUCUUUUUUGAUUGAAAAGACUGAACGACAUCCAAGAUAGCUGGUUGUUUUUUUAUUUAUAUUUUUUAAGCAAUUUAUAUCCAGUUCUCCACUGGAGCGAGGUCGGGCUUUGCUGGUUGGUUUUUGGUCAAUUUAAGACCAUGAAUGCUGGCCAGUGAUUGUUUUGCUAGCGAUUUGUGCUGUUUGUUACUGGCCAACCCACUUGUCAGCUGUCGGUUGAAAUGGCCAACCUGACGGCCAGCUGCUGGUUUACUGUGGACAAAGACUCCUCAGGCGGUGGGGACAGAAAGAGAGAGAGACGAAAAGGAGACGCCAACUGUUCCUGUACUGUAAUAUCUAGACCUCAUGCUUUCUAUCCUCACUUUAAUACUCUCUCUCUCAAACUCAUUCUGUCAUAUUGUUUUGUUUUUCUAUUUCUGUCACAUUCCUCCAAUGUGUAAAAAGUUUUAUUUCUUCACUGUCCAAACAUGACACUUAGUAGUUGGUGGGAGUCGGGGUGUCUCUGCCCGUUUAACCAAUUGAAGCACUGGCUCUGCAUGUAACUCUCUCUCUCUACAGUAGCUUGACGAUGUAAGCCGCGGACUGCAACUAUUUUUGAAUAUUGAGAUGUAUUUAGACGGGGUCCUGUCUCGUUGUCUGGGUGUCUUUAUUCGGUGAAGGGAAAAAGUACACUUCUGCCAAUUUGAAGCAUACUGCAGUUUUUUUUAUUGAGCAGAUUUGAUGGCUUCUGCAGUAAAGGCAGCAGCACCUACCCAUCCAUCCGACUGUCCGUCCGUCCGUCCAAGCACUUUCCUUCUUUAGGAUUCUUUAACUGGGAGAAGUAAGGGCUAGAAUUGUGGUUGGGCAGCUACAUGUAUUAUUAUAACUCGUGAACUUUAGACAAAAAAAUCUCAACACCGAGAAAAUCACAAUGCCUUUACAUGUAAGAAAAGGCAGCACAGGCGCUGCUGGAGUUUUUCUGGAAAGCAACCACAGUUUGUCCAACGAUCCCUACCUCCCAUCUUUUUCCCUCCGACUCUGACCAUCACAGCCUGACAAGGUGCCCAACGGGGGGGAAGAAACCACCGCUGGAGAGAAUUGAAAUAGACCCACGUUGACUGCAGAUGCAUCAUGACAUUUUUGCGCAGAUAAAUAGGGUUUACCUUUUAGUGUUUUAAUUAGGAAAAACUGGUUGGGGGACAUACGCAGAUGCAGCAGGCACUGAUCCAACUGAUAGGGUUUUGGAGCCCUGGCCUUUGACUGUAAGGCUUUACCUUUAGAUGCUGUAGGUUACAUGGCAGUCCCUGCAGUUUGUUGUCCAGUUUCACGCUGCAGAUACGUAACCCGGGUGCCAAACAUGAUUUUAAAGAUGCUGUGAUAUCAGAUGUGACGAGGUCACCAGGUUGAGACUCUGUAUUUCUGGUGCAUGUCCGUCUCUCCUGCAGAUUGAGCUGGGAGAAUGUAUGGUUGUCCUUCAGUUAGCUACCACCCAUUCAAGACACUCCUUUUUUCCAGAGCUAGUGAAGAGGGUUGGUAUAGAGUGGCGAAGUCACGCCCAUCUACUUCCGCCCCAUGGGACCUUAUUUCUGAAAAAAGUAUGUAUUGUAGUCAAUGGGGAGAGAAAGAUUAUCUUUCGAUCCCGUUUGAAUUGUGCCACGAAUUAUACAUAGAUGUUUGACAAUCAUAAAAAAUCAUUUCCAUGUCAAAAAAGUCACAGUUUGUCUUAAAACUGUUGAAAUAUAAGACUAUGAAAAAUACGCAACUAGAAAGACUACAAAUCCCAGAGUCGCGUAGGUGAAUUUAGCUA